CUCUGGGUUUUCUUACUUUUUUUCCAGAAAACGAAUUCGUUACUCUUUUCUUUUUUUCUAUUUCAUUUAUCUUAGCUUAACUUAAGCCUUGGUUUCGCUACAUUUCUUUUUCACAAUGCUCUUUGUUCGCUCUUUCCUUCAAGGUCUCCUCGCCCUCGCCUUCUUGGCUCUUCCUACUCUUGCUGACGAAAGCCUUUCUACAUCUACCGCUUCCUCUUCCUCCUCUCCUGCUCCCACUGCCCCUGCUACUACCACUGUUUACCUCGUCCGAACUGUAGAUGCUCAAAACAACCCCGUCUCUCAACCCGCUGUUACCGUUUACAAUGUCUUGAAACCCGAUACCGUCACCGUUACUGCCUCUCCCACUGCUAAUGUUAAGCGUUCUAUCGGCACCAACGAUACCGUCACUUCUUCCUCUUCUGUUGGUCCUCGCAUCUAUUCUGCUGUUGUCCAUGUUCCUACUGGCGGUACCAAUCCUCCAUAUGCUACUGCAAAUCCUCUUAUCAACUCUACCGUGCCCUACAGUAGUUCCAUCCCUGCUUCAACUCCUGCUUCUACAAUUGGAUCUUCUUCUGCUGUCUCUUUCUUCGCUUAAAUUCCACUAUUCCAGAAGACUUCCUCGUAAGUACUACACCUUGUAGCAUUUUGUGGAAAAAUGGUUUUUUAAAGAGCUCGGUUCUGCUUUCCCUUGCGAUAAUCGUUGAUGUCUCUUGAUGAAUUAGCUUUUCCUCGCUCUCGUCAUUGUAUAUAUCUUCAUCAACAUUGCUGCCGGUCAGUAAUGCUGUAUGCCUACCUAUGUAAAGAUUCUACAUAUCUGUGCAUUUUUCUGCAUUUCCUUUGGCUUCUACCCUUGAUGUCAUUCGGAUCCAAUCAUUUUGUAUAUAGUUUGACUCUUUAUUUCUUUUGUAUAUAAAUUUUAGAACUUGAAUACAUACUAUUGUUCUUUUCUGUUGAUUCUUGC